CAGCGGGCAGGCAGCAGCAGCAGCAGAGGCAAAGAGGAGGGGAGGAAAAGUGUGUUUACACAGACGGCAGAGCGCCUGGGGAAUCGUCGGCGAGAGGAAGUGAGCCGCCGGCUCCGCGUCUGCCUGCUCCGACUUCCUGCUCGGAGAAAGAAAAAGCGCAGGAUCCGAUUUCAGGCCGAGCACAAGCCGUGUAGCAAGCAUGGAAAAACAACCCACUUCUCCGGCGGCGUCGCGCUAAAGUUCCUCGGCGGCGGCGGCGGCGGCGAAGAAAGGCCACGGAAGUGAUCGCAGCCAGCCAGCCAGCGUGCCAGCCAGCCAGCCAGCCAGCCAGCCAGCGAUGGACAGCGCCAUCACCCUGUGGCAGUUCCUGCUGCAGCUGCUGCUGGACCAGAGCCACAAGCACCUGAUCUGCUGGACGUCGGCCGACGGCGAGUUCAAGCUGCUCAAGUCCGAGGAGGUGGCCAAGCUGUGGGGGCUGCGCAAGAACAAGACCAACAUGAACUACGACAAGCUCAGCCGCGCCCUGCGCUACUACUACGACAAGAACAUCAUCAAGAAGGUGAUCGGCCAGAAGUUUGUCUACAAGUUUGUCUCCUUCCCCGAGAUCCUCAAGAUGGACCCGCAGAUGGUGGAGAUGGGCCUGGCUUCCGGGAGGCUCCCCCCGCGGGAGGGCCAGCCCGCCGACGUGGACGAGGAGGAGGAGGAGGUCGAGGACGAGGCCGACGAGUGCCGGAGGAGGGCGCGGGCGGCGGCCGCUGCCGCCGCCGCCUUGGGGAGCCGCAACGACUACCUGCGCUCGGGCCUCUACUCCUCCUUCAGCGUGGCCUCGCUGCGCCACCGGCCCGAGCUGCUGCGGGCGCUGCGCCACCAGCCUCGCUCCGUCAUCCGCUUCGGCGCCAACGCCGAAGCCUACGUCUCGGCCGCCGCGUCGCCGGGCCGCGAGCGGGAGGACGAGGAGGAGCGGGACUUGUCGGAGGCGAGCGCCCAGCCCCUCAACCUCUCGUCCGGCCGCAGGGAGCGAGGCCUGCCACCACCGCCGCCUCCUCCGGAAAAGCGGGCCGGCGGCGGCGGAAGCUCCGCCUCCUCGUCCUCCAGUUGUAGCGAAGGAGACGGACCUCCAGCCAAAAGCAAAAAGCCAAAAGCUCUGGACAUCUCAGCCCCCUCCCUGCUACUGGCGGCCAGCGACAUUGGCUCCAUCGCCCUCAACAGUCCGGCGCUGCCGUCCGGAUCGCUCACGCCCGCCUUCUUCACGGCGCAGACUCCCUCCGGCCUGCUUCUGGCUCACAGUCCGCUCUUGUCCGGCAUCCACUUCUGGAGCAGCCUGAGCCCCGUGGCCCCGCUCAGCCCCGCCCGGCUGCAGGGCCACGGCUCCUUGUUUCAGUUCCCCAGCCUAAUCAACGGACACAUGCCUCUCUCCCUGCCAAGCCUGGAAGGAACACCCUCCUCUUCGCCCCCCAGUACCCGCAAAUCGUGAGGGAUGCGGCCCCAUUCUGCUCAACAUCCUCUUGAGACUGUUUUGUGACCUCAUUGAGUUUUGUCGUGGGUUUUUUUUUGCACUUGGGUUGCUUGAGGUUGCAGUGGUGAAAGCACUCAGUUAAAAAUUCUUUUAAAAAAAAUAAAGCUAGCUAGCUAGCUAGCCAGCCAUAGCGCUAGCUGCUAAAGGCGGGGCGGGCGAGCCGGACGCUCCUGCGCUCGUCCUUCUAUGUAUAUGCAACGUAUGCACUCUGCUUCUCAGAUCGUACCGGCUGUGCCUUCAUUUUGUGUGCUAGCCUGCCAACUUCAAAUGAAUGAAAAGCCUUUUUUUAGUACUUCCUCUUUUUUUUUAUACUGGACGUGAUAUGCAGUCUGUAUCAUUUUGUAUUGUGAAGAAUGUCAUCUAUUUUCAAUAAAGUAAGCAUUGAAUGCUC